CGUCACAGUUACGAUCGAUAGUCUUUUUUAAUUGAGCACUCUUCCUCUGAAACCGAAUAUAUACCCUGUUAACUACGUUCCUUCCAUAUUUGGUUCACUACUUGAAACCCGUAAAAUCUUCUUCAAAUCCAAUUCUCAGUUUUCCAAAACUAGGCCUAUUUUUUUUUUGAAACUUCCUUCACCCUAUCAUGAGUGUACCGUACUUCCAUCUUCUCCGCCUUUCAGCCAGGUCUAUCGGUAGAGCUCUCCGUUGCAUGGAUGUGAUUCAAUUAAUUUCCCUGUCUUUCUGCUCCAAAACCUGUAAAAGUGCGGUGACAGCGACGAAUCUCGAAUGCACCAGUAUAAUUGUUACUGUAAUGAGGACUAUGUUGAAAAUUAACCUACACUUUAGAGUUGUGACAUGCGAACUAGUUCUGAAUUAUGAGAAUCUGGAUGAGCUUCCGCAUUCUGUGAAAAUCUGGGAGAAUCCGGGUAACCCAUUAAUUGGUUAUAUAAUGGAAGCGGAAGAUUUCUCCACUAUCGCUUUUGCGAACACAUCACUGAGCUUCACCUCUAAAAAUUACAUGCUACAUAUUAUGGAUAUCAUGAACAAGUCUACAAUAGAUGUUGAUGACGCUGGCGAUGAUGUUCCUUUAAUAGUUCUUCAAGAUUUGUUCAAAAACAUUUGUAUAACACGACUAAUAUGUAUCUCGGAAAUAUCGCCUAAUAACAUGCAAAAGUACGCUUCUGUCCAUGCAAGAGACUGUAUGAUUCCAAUGUCUACAGAUCUGGAAAUACAUUCAUCAGCUUAUCCAACCUUUUGUUCAAGCUUUGACAGCCUAGAUAUUCGGACUCCGCUACACUCGCCCAAUGAUUUGUUAAACUUUAACAGUUCGACUGUAACAAUCACUGAUAGCAGAUUAACAGAAAAAGACUGCAAUUUGUUCUUGAAGCAUUGGCUACUUGGGAUAUCAAGUCAAAAUCUGAAACUACUGACUGUGUGUUUUCUGAUUGAUGACAAGAAUGCUCUAUUGGAUGGCAUUUUCUACACCCAGCAACCGGAGCCUAGAGCCAUGGGAUUUGAAAGCCGACGGUUUGAUUACAGGACAAUCCGUGGUAGCUUUGAUGUUCAAAACGUGGAUGGAGUUGAAGCAACACUUUAUCUUUACGAUUUUAGUUUUGAUUUUGUUGUAUUGGAAUGAAAUUUUCUUUAAAUUUAGUUGCAGUGAUUUUUGAUUUAUAUCAGCACACCUUUCUAAUUAACUAAUAAAUAUUUUU